AUGUGCGUCUUUAACAUAGAAGGCAUAUUGCUUUCUUAGUUCAUGUUAACUAAUGAACCUUAUUGUAAAGUGUUCAUAAAAUGAUUAUAUGAGAAAUGAUUAUGCACACUCUAUGACACAUGUCACAUUGCACAUGGCUGUAAGUGUAGUAUUUGUAUCUACACUUUCCUCUACUUCAACUGCUAAGGUCAUUAUAUGGUUUCCUGUGGUCUAAUGUGUUACUUCCUAAUUCACCUAUAUCGUGUGAGUCUCAUCUCUUUUCUCACUGUCGCUGUAAUGGAGUUGUUCAUCUUCAUUUCUUUUCAGCUUCUAAUGGAGGUUCAGUCAUACAGAUCUCCUGCUGUAAAAGUAUUUCCAGAUGUGCUAAGCGAGUCCAGAUCAGUGAAGUUGACCUGUGAGACGCCAGCAAAUGUUACAGUGAAACAGUGUCAUUUCUACAGAAACAGUGAACAGAAGGAUAUUAAAGUCAUUCCAUCAUGUGAACUGGAGCUCACUGGUGUUGAAGUGCUCAGAUGGGCAGAUGUAAAAUCACCAGCAUCUGUCGACAUUUACUGCUUCUACAUAAUAACUGAGAACAGGAUUGAUAAACCAUCAUCUCAUUCUCCUGCGGCCACCGUGACGGUUCUAGGUUCACUUCAGAAACCCUUCAUCAGUGUCAGUGACAGUGAUGUCCAUAUCAUAGCCUGUGAAAUACCACUGUCUGUCAGAGCUGCUUUCACCUGUAGUCUCUACACUGGGAAUGUUCUUCUGCACACACGAGUCUCUAAGAAGAGUUCGUCUGGAGGAGAAUAUCAUCAUUGUGUGUUUUAUUUAACUCACAGUGAACUCUUCACACGAUCAGAGAACAGCAGAAAUCUGAGCUGUGAUUAUUACAUCAUCAACACUGAAACUGAGAUCAGAUCACCGCGCAGUGACACACACACCAUCAGAGGUCUUCCUCAGGCCAAGUUAACAGCAUCUGCUUCAGUUAUUGAGGAAACAGACACAGUUCAGCUGAGCUGUGAGAAUACUGAAUAUCUGAAAAUGGAGAUGUGUGUGUUUAACAUAAAUGGAAGAGAAAGUUUCUCAAAAGCGAGUUCAUCAUGUCAGCUCUCACUCACUGGAUCUCAGAUCAGUAUUUGGUCAGAAGGUUCAUCUGUGAGAAUAACCUGCUUCUACACUGUGAACAAGUCACAAGUUCUCGUGCCAUCUCCUCACUCCGAUCCAGUGACAAUAUCAAUCCAGAUGUCUACUGGCCAAACCUUUGCAACUGCCACAACAACAACAACUUCAACAGCGACCUCUACUGGUGAAACUUUGACAGCCAAGACAACUUCUUCAACAGCGACCUCUACCGGUGGAACUUUGACUGCCAAAAAAACUUCUGUUCCUCAUACUGAUCACAUUCACUCUGAAGGCUCAUGGCUUUUAGUAGUGCUGGUUUUCACUGGUAUUGGUUUAUUUCUGUCUGGACUCAUGGGAUUCAUCUGUCUCUGCCCCUUUGACAGUUCUGAUGACGCUCUCACAGAGGUGAUCUACAGCUCCUGCCAUGUGGAAACAACAUCUCUGUUAUGCUCCUCAAAACAUGGAUGAACCGUUUCAUUUCUUUACUUGUUGCACCUCUAAAGAGAAAAAUGAUUUGAACAGAGAAUGAUAUAGCCUUUAUGUGCACUAUAUAACUUAAUUCAUAUACUGAUCAGCAGGCCAGGGCAGAAUCUGGAGCUUUUUCACACAUUUUGAUUUUGAGAAAAAAUGAUUUUAUUGCUAAAAUGUACAGUAUGUUAAAUGUUGCUGAAGGCAUCUUCAAGUCAUCUAGACUUCAGUGAUGCAGAUCCAGUGUCAUUUGAAGCAUGAAAAACAGAAAAGUUGUAACACUUUUUUAAUCAACUAUUGAUUAUAACAUGCUACGGUUGAAAUGCAACUUUACUGUUAGCAAUCAAUUUAGCAAAAUUGGCAUAUAGUGCUCUACUUGUCAGGUUUGUAUAGUCACUGUAACAAAAUAUUGUAAUUUUACCUUUAAAAGACUAUAAAAAUUUAAUUAUUUCAUUAUAGUUCCACGAUUGCCCAAAUCAACCGCAUGACAAUGAUCACAUUUGUUUUGUGUUUAUUCGAAUACCCUCGGUCACUA